AAGCCCAAUGCAACGAGGACAAUUCUAAUAGUGCGCCAUGGCCAAUUCCGUUUGGUUCAUGUUGAAAAGGAUAAAACCAAGCCUGUAUUGACCGAUUUAGGAAGAGUGCAGGCAAAAUUGACAGGCAAGAGAUUGAAGGCAAUGAAUAUCCCUAUAAGUAACGUAUACUAUUCUGCUACAGUGAGUGCUGCAGAAACCGCUGAUCAAAUCUGCAAAAUCAUAACUUGUAAAAAUAAAGAAGCGACAAAAGCUUUAUCGGAGGGAGCCCCACCGAUCGAACCAGUACCACCUGUACAAUAUUGGAAACCGAGUAAAAAGGCAAUGUUAGCGGAUGGAAUAAGGAUGGAAGGAUCUUUCAGGAAAUACUUUUAUCGAGCCCAUGCUAAACAAACACAUCAUUCUAUCGAUUUAAUUAUUAGUCAUGCUAAUGCCAUCAGAUAUCUUAUAUGUAGGAGUUUGCAACUGCCCAUGGAAGCAUGGCUACGAUUUAAUAUUGCCAAUUGUGGAAUUACUACUUUAACCAUUGAACCUGAUGGCAGAGUUACGUUAAUGGGGUUAGGCGAUAUAGGACACUUGCCUCCUGAAUUGAUCACUUUCACAUGA